AUUUCUGUAAAAAUCAUUCGUUCAAACGCGCGGUGAUGGUACGAACUAAAAUCAGUUAAAUUAUUAUUCAAAUCUUAAACUUGUAUGUUAAUCUGUGAGAAUAUAUUCCAAACGGUUUUGUAUAUGAAGCUUAAACGUUGGUGUUGUGUAUAAUGUUGGCACAGGAGAUCACACCGACGGAAAUAGGCAAACACGCAAACAUAAUUAAAGCCGCCCAGGAAGAACUAGCCAACAUGGAUGUCCUUGUGUGUGGACGCUGCCUGCGGGCAUUUCACUUCGUUGAAGAGUUCCAGACACAUAAAGAGGACGGGUGCGAAAAGGAAAAUGCCAACCUCAAAGAGUCCCUCGAUACAAAACCAAAAAUUUGGGCCUUUACCCUCUGGAAGGCAACCCAGCUGCAAACGCGCAAAGAGACAAAUGCCUCAAGUUCAUGGGCUCUGUAUCAGCAUUGGGUAAAAUUGGAGGAAGGUGUGCGUGAGCCAUGGAUAGUGGCAGGGAAAACGAUACAAUCGUUUGGCAAAAUCGGACAUGGUGAGCUUCAAGAUAUGCCUGUGCGCAUUACAAAGACGGUGGUAAAUCCCAACAAUAACAACAAUAGUGCAAAUACCAAUAACGCCAAUACAAUGUCUUCUGGCUCCCCAACACGCAAAUCUCCCAGCUCGGCAAAGUUGCCUACAGUUGCCCACCUCAAGGACACGGAGAAUGAGCGGCCGAGAUCCAAGUCAGGCACACCUACGCCCAGUGCUACAAGUGGAGUCGUCAAGCCAGGCAACCGCAUGGCACAACGCACAGAUCCCCAGACAAAUAAAUGCACCGAGGAGGCUGUCGAAAAAAUCGUAGCCAAACGCUUCAAUCCACGUCGCAAGACGCACGAGUAUCUUGUUAAAUGGGUAGAUCGUGGCCACAUGGAUAACACAUGGGAGUCAACGGCGAACUUGGAGCGUGUACCCACUUUUCUGCAAGUUUUCGAAAAGCAGCUGGCCCGUCAAAAGCUGUCUCGCGAGAAAAACAUGGAUGCCAUAAAAAGGAUGCAAGCGUCAUCUAAAACCGAAGCACCACUUAGUCCCGCACCUAUUUCACCCAGUGGCGGCGUAGGAUCAACAGCGUCCUCCAAUACACGGCCGUCGCGCACUUCCAAAACCAAAGCUAUGGAUCAGGUGAAGCAAUGGGUUAGCGAGAGUGGUACAGGCGCUGGUUCGACAUCCCCUUCGUCCGCGAAUGAUGAUGAAUCACCCACGGAACAGGAAUGGAGUUCCACGGCAGCGCUUAAGCGCAAGUUAAACAAUACAGAUUCCAGUCAGGACGGUGGUUUCAAUGCCUCCAAUGAUUCAACGGGUCUGGAGGAUCUAGAGGAGGAUUUAAUACCCUCACAUACGGUGAAGCGUUUAAAAAACGGCGGCAGCAUAUCCGUUGAGAUCAACAAGCCUAAGGUGGGCGGAACGGACAAGUCCAUAAAAGUAAAUGGCAAUGCAGCCCUCACAGUGGCCAAUUCAAAAAUGGCAGAAUUAAUUUAUACACAGGAUGCCACGGCCACGGGCAUGAUGCGCAAAGCUGAUGUGCCCAAUUCCCUACAUCUGAAGCGUGAAAAACAGGAAGGUUUAGUGCGUCAUCUCUCCAAGGCCGAGAUGCUUGUUUCCAAUACAGGUAUUGUGCGCCUGGACCAAGCGCAAUCUGCUGGAGUUCCCAACCUGUCAUCGUCGCCAAUUCCGAAACACAGUCCCACUGCCUUGGUGGCUAGCAAGCGGCUUACAACCGCCGCCGGAACCCGUACUGCCUCUCCAGUGACCGUGGCACAAAGGACACAGCUGCUCCGCACGCCCGGCGCCCAAUAUGCGACGGCGCAGCGUCGCAUACAGGGAACGCCACAGACACGCGCUACACCAGCGGCUCGGGGAGCAGUGGCUGGUGGUCGGACGCUGAUCACCCGGUCUGGCGCGACUCCACAACAACGUCAACUCAACUCACCCGCCGGCAACAAAGCGGUCACGCCCGAGCAAAAGAUAUUGCAACUUUCCAAAUCCGGAGAUCUCAAGGUCACGCGCAAGGUGAUGACUCGAGAUGAGCUACUAGCGCAGCGUGCCGCUCAACAACAGCAACAGCGUCAGCAGCUGCAACGCCAACAACAGCAACAAUCACAGGUACAGAUACAAAAAGUGCAGCAAUUGACGCCGCCACGCCUGCGUUCCACAGCAAUGAAGAGUGGAACACCAGCGAUAGCUAAUGAGACGCACGUUGCCAUGGAAGUGGAGGAGGAUGUUCAUCAGGCACGAUUGUGUCCGAUAACGGGCAAGCUGAUUGGCCAGGAGGAGACUCAAUUGCAAAUGGAGCAGGAACAGCAGCAGGAGCAGCAACGCGAGCAACUGGAGGCAGCUGCUCAUGCGCUGCUCGGAGGGGAUCAGCAAGUCCUGACCAAUGAGGAUGGUACCGCGUUGCUGGUGCGUGGCGAAGAUGGCACCGUCUAUCAGGUGGCUGGCAAGAAUGCCGAGGGUCAAACCAUACUUGUUACCCAGGGUCCCGAUGGGGAGCAACAGUUUGCUUAUGUGGCUGCUGCUGAGGGCGAGGAUCAGGAUGUGCUAACGUUGGACAAUGCGGUGGCCGAGGCUGUGGCCCAACUGCCAGCCGAUCAUCAGGCUGAAGCGACCACUGCGGACGGAGAGCAAAUUCUCGUUAGCAUGACAGAGGAGGAGUUGGCUCAACAUCAGGCGGCAGCGCUGCAACAAGCGGCGGCAGCCGGUGAGGAUGGAACCUCUGUGGCGCCCACUGCACAAAUACACAUCACCACAUCGGAUAGCGAUGGUACGGAGGCGAAUAUACCUGCGGAAGUGGUGCAGGCAGACUUGCCGUCACCGGGUGGCACGCGUCGCGUUGUUUUAUUGCUGCAGGAUGGCACCUUUAUGAUGACUGAAAUGCACGACGAACAGUUCAAGACGCUAAACAUCCCGACGUAAAUAAAUUUAUAAUGCCUAAAUAAAGUAGAUCCUAAGUAUUAUGGUAUAUAUAAAGCACAUGCCGUUGUUAGAUCAAUCAAGAUUCUGUGCCCGCCCACUCCCAUUCGUAGCCUCAUAGGCGGCACAAAGUUUCUUGCAAAUUUAUAAAUGCCGCUCUUUUCUAGAACACAUUUCCUUAAUUGCGUAGCUUUAAAAAAGGUUCUAGAAGCCUUAUUUUAAAUUCUGUUCUAGAAAUGAAGAGUACAUAUGAAAUUUAUGCAACAUGUAGCAAUAAAAUCACGAUCAUUUCCUUUUUAAAAAUUUCAGGGAAUUUAAGAGUAACUGGCUUAUAGUAUUCUAUUUGUUUAGUUCAGUAUAUUUUGCCAAAUUAUAUUAACAUAACAAGUACAUUUUUUUCAAAUGUAUAAAGUUAACUUUGAUAGUUUUGUGUUAAUUAAUAUAUAUAUAUAUUA